ACUUUUUAUGGUAUCUGAAUUUACAUUGCAGGUGUUGGAAAGACUUCUCUUGUCCACCUAAUGUGUCAAAAUGAACCAACAACAAACCCAAGUUGGACAAUUGGAUGUUCAGUUGAUGUUAAGUUGCAUGAGUAUAAGGCAGGUACGGCCUCGGAGAAGACAUAUUUUGUUGAGCUGUGGGACAUUGGAGGAUGUACAGGUCAUCAGAACAGUAGAACUAUCUUCUACAACCCUGUCAAUGGAAUCAUUCUAGUCCAUGAUUUAACAAAUAGAAAGUCACAGCAUAAUUUGAGAUCCUGGUUGGCAGAAGUUCUAAGAAAAGAUAAUAAAUCAUCAGGAAAUGGGUAUGACUAUGAUCCUGAAGAAUUUGCUGGGAACCAGAUACCAUUACUUGUGAUAGGAACCAAAGCUGACCAAGCAGAGAAUAUGAGGGACAAGGGAAAAUCUAGGACAUCAUCUGUAGCUGAAGAGUUUGGGGCUGACCAGUUUGAUCUGGAUUGUCAGAAUGUUAAAUACCUCGCUCCUGGUUCAACUAAUGCAGUAAAACUAUCCAGAUUUUUUGAUAAAGUUAUUGAAAGACGAUACUAUUCCAGAGAACUUGCAAAUAAACAAACUGACAAGUGGUUAUGUAUAUAGCAAUAUACAGGGCCAAGGUCACUAUUCACCGCCUCCAGAUCGGAGAAGAUUCAAGAAUGCACAUAUAGAUUGACUAGAACAUAGUAGUGAUUUAGUCGGGAAAUGGACUUCUUAAUGUAGCUGAACUAUCAGUGGUGGAGCAAAGUGUUCAUAGAAGUUUUUGAGACUGUGAUACUUAAAUUAUACUUAUGAGGUUUACUGAUUUCGCUGUGUGUGUAUGCAUGUUUUCACACAGUGAAAACCAGGGAAAGCUGUAUGAAAUGCAGUAAAGCUUUUGGGUACAUCCCUAGAUUUGAUACCCUUCAGUAACCUAUCUUUUUUUGUAGUUAUACAGAAUUUUGGUGAUCAGUUUUGUUGGCCAGGUUUUCGAGGAAAAAUCCAGCUUGUAGAUUAGGUCUGUCCAGGCGGAUGGGCAGGCGGAUGGAUGAAAAUAAUGAGUCUCAUGUUAAACUUUUUGUUCACUCAAUAUCUGAACAAGUGUUUCACCUAGGACCUUGAAACUUCAUAUGUAUGUUGGUCUUGAUGUGUACAUGACCUCUAAUGCUUUUGGGGUCACUGGGUCAAAGGUCAAGGUCACAGGGACCUGAACAUUUAAAAUGGUUUCUGCUCAAUAUCUGGACAAAUAUUUCACCUAUGACCUUGAAACUUCAUAGUACAGUAAACCUCGCUUAUAAGGAACAGCUUGGGACCUCUAAAAUUUGUUCUUUAUAACCGAGGUUCCUUAUAUCCGUAUAUCGAACAAGUUCCUUGUAACCGAGGUUUGUAUAACGAACACAAUUUGUAUGUCGAACACUAUUUGACUGACGUUUGAAAAGGGCUACGUGUUCACACUCCGGGCCUACCAUAAAUCUGUAUGUGAGAAAAAUGCGAGUCUAGUACCGGUCCUUUUCUGGAGAGAUGGUAAGGUAAACUGCAUGCAUGUAUGUGACCGUAAAAGUGUUUAAACGCGGCCUUUAAACCUAAACUAAGCCAAAAUGUACGUCGGAUAGAAUGACCGUAGUUUUUGUUUAUUUUUUGUCAGUUAUUUCGAUCUUCUUUUUCAGAGAGCACUACAUUAUGACUAUAAGAUAUGUUGCACUUACGCCCCUUACCUUGCUCUACUGCAUGUUAUGUUAAAAGGCAUCAACAGUAAUAUAAAAUAAAUGUUCAAUUUUCUAUUUUGCAGACACAAGAUAACAGCAUCUUACAUACGGAUUAAAGUGCAAAUUAUACCUAUAAUAUUGCUAUUGUCUAUUUUAGCACCUGCUUUAAUUUUAACAAUUGGAAAUAAGGUAAACUGAACUGUUUGCCAUUGUUAAUCACGCGUAAUUAGCACAUUUAUUAGGAUAUUUCCAUCAUGACAAAACUAGACUAAUAAUAUCCAAUAUUAUAAUCCCAAGUCUGCUAUCGUGUAGUAUUUGAGAAAUGUUAAUGAUGAUAUUAUAUAUUUUCUUUUCAUUUUAGCCUUGAAUUAACAAACUAAAGAUCAUAGACAUGAAAUCAUUUGUUUUUUUCAAGUGUAUGAAAACGCGGGAAAGUGCCGAGAUUACUCAUCAGCGAUUCUUAAGUUUAUUUCCGAUUUUCAAUAUUUUUUAUUCUUUAUGUCCAUUCGCUAUACUUACCGAGGGGUUUUCCACUGAAUUUCAUACUUUGGGACCGGAAAAAGUGUUCCUUAUAACCGAGUGUUCCUUAUAACCGAGUUCCCUAUAACCGAGGAUUUUUACAUUGAAUAAAGAAGGAAUUAGAUCGGGGAAUUGAAAACUGUUCCUUAUAACCGAGUGUUCCUUAUAUCCGAGUUCCUUAUAAGUGAGGUUUACUGUUUUGGUCUUGAUGCGUACAAGACCCUUGUUGAUUUCGGGGUCACUGGGUCAAAGGUCAAGGUCACAGGGACCUGAACAUUGAAAAUUGUUUUAUGCUCAGCAACUGGACAAGUAUUUCACCUUGGACCUUGAAACUUCAUAGGUAUGUUGGUCUUGAUGUGUACAUGACCCAUACUGGUUUCAGGGUCACUGGGUCAAAGGUCAAGGUCACAGAGACCUAAGCAUUGAAAAUUGUUUCCGCUCAAUAUCUCGAUAAGUAUUUCACCUAGGACCUUGAAGCUUCAUACGUUUGUUGGUCUUGAUGUAUACAUGUCUCCUAUUGAUUUUGGGGUCAAAGGUCAAGGUCACAGGGAUAUUAACAUUGAAAAUGGUGUUUUUCUUACUUACAUUGUUUUACACCAAUUUAUUUCUUUAAUUUCAUUUUCUACCUGUCCAUUUCUUUUUUUUCCCUUUUUCCUUCAAUAGUGCUUAUUAAUUUGGGGGUUAUUUAUUGUAUGCCUUUAUUAGAACUUUAACUCAUUAUCACCUAAUUCAAAAAACCAGCCAAAAUGCUGUCAGGCAUUAGCUGCUCGUUUUAUUUGUUACACUUCUGAAAAUGUACAGGUUUAAUAUAUGCUUUCUAAAUGUGAUGAAAAAUUAAGAUUUAAGUAUUGUAUACCACCUUUAAGAGGGGUAAUUGACUCAUUUUAUAAAAGUAAAUAAAAUACACUCUUCUAGUAGGGAUUUCCCCAGUAUAUUAUGGACCUUUCAGUUCCUAAAUAAAUUUCUACCAGAACGUUGGAAAAAGUAACAAAUAUGUCCCAAAAAAUGAGAUAUACCACAUUUUAAGGGAAAUACAUGUGGAUGCUCAUUCUUCCUAUUCUGUUAGGUGUAGACAGUCAAAGAGUUUUCAGAUUUAGCUGAAAGAUAAAACUUUAAUAAAAAUGGCAGUCAUUUUGUUUCCAUGGCAAUGUAAAAUGAAAUUCUUGAUCUAUUAGAGACAAAAAUCUUUUGACUAAAUUUUGAAAGAAAAUGAAUUCGAAAUUCUUUCAACCAUUUGAAUGGUGGAAAGGUGACUUUGAUAUAAAAAUCAACCGACAGUUUGGAUUUUAAUCCAUUGAUUGAAACUUCUGAUGCUGUAGGUUUGUUUUGUGUAAACAAUGAAUAUUACAAUAUCUCCAAAGACUCAUUAAUAUGUAUGAAAUAUGGUUCGCACAGACCUCGAAAAGUCCUUGAAUUUGAUGGCUAUCCUUAAAAAGUCCUUAAAUUUGAUAAAAGCUGAAAAAGUCCUUGAAUAGUACUUAAAUUUUGAAAAAAAUCGUAAUUUUUUACCAAUAUGUCCUUUGGAAUGGCUGUAAAUGGAGUAUCUUGAUUAUAUUUUUGAAAUACAAAUGACAUUUUACUUAAAUUUAAAAGUGAAAAAAAACAACGAGAACUGCCCUUUGUUGUCAAUACCAUUUUCGCAGUUACGGUACAGAAGGAUAUUAGUUUUACCAAGGAAAGAAAUUCUCACAAAGUGAUAUUUUGACAGUUUAACAGUUACCUUAAGUUCUGAUAUGAAUUAAUAUUUGAUUAAAGACUAUCUAUAAUUUUUUUUUAUAACAUUUGUGUUGAUUAUGUUUUGAUAGAAAUGUCCUUGAAAAAUGUAAAAUAGUCCUUAAAAAGUCCUUAAAUUUGUUUUUAGAUGUUCUGUAUGAACCGUGUGAAAGUAUGCCUCGCUGUAAUAUCAUUCUGUUAAAAAUGUUGGUUGCCUUAAUAUCUGAGGGUAUUUAAUAAAGUCAUUAUUUGAUUCAUAUUGUUUUGCUGUACCAUACAUCAUGCUAUACAAUUAUAUUAUACUGCCUUCAUCAAUUUAGUAUUAUUGAAUAAAAUUACAAUGUUAAAACAUACUUUCUUGUUUCAUUAUGAGGGAAGUAGCUAAAGCUAAGCUGAGAUAACUGUGUCAGUCUUAAUGUAAAUACUUGUUGUAUAAAGCUGUUGGAG